AUGAGCGGCAGCGCCGAAGCUCCUGGGACGGAAGAGUCGUUCCAGCCAUGGCGGGAUAAGGAUCCCCCUCCGGGAUUCGACGGUGACGUCGAGAAGUUCAAGGGUUACUUGAGAGAGUUGAAGAUGUGGCGGCAUGAAAUUGAUGUUCCCCCGAAGAAGCACGCCGUUAAGAUGCUAAGGGCUCUCACUGGUCCAGCAAAGGCAGUGUGCAAUGAGCUGGAGGUCGAAGCCUUGCUCACUGAGGCUGGUGCCGAUGCGAUUGUCAACAAGUUGAAGGAGUAUUACCAACCGCAUCUUGAAAUUGCCAUGCCUCGCGCGUUCGAGCGAGCUGUUUACGGUGAGCUGGAGAAAGUGCAGAGAGAGAAGAGUGGACAGAAGCACUAUCUCACAGCGGAUGACGAGCAGGCUGAGUAUGUGGAGUCAGAAGAUGAUGGCGACUUCAUAUACUUGGGUGAAGCUGACCUGGAUCAGGUGUUUGAAGAAGAGGAGCUGACUGAAGCCUUGGCCACCUACCAGCAGGUUCGACAAGCCAUUCGAGAGCAGCGCAAUGGUCGUGGCUAUUAUCAGCCGAAGGGACUUGGCAAACAGCCGGUUGGUCGCUUUGGCAAGGGCUCCAAGUCACCCUUGGACAAUGUUUGGCCAAAGCACGAGCAGAUCGGCCGAGAACCACCACCUUUUUCGGGCAUCACCACUAGUGGGUCCUUGGGCAUCAUAGACACAGCGGCACAAGGUGGUCUCAUUGGUCGCCCAGCACUUCGUCGGUUAGAAGACUCGUUGAGAGCACAUGGACUCAAGGUGGUUUGGAAUGGGAAGCAGGCUCAGGCCAAGGGCAUCGGAGGUGACGCCAAGGUGUGUGGGGUCGUCGAGAUUCCGGUCGGCAUUGGCGGUGUCAAUGGCCUGAUUGAGGCCACAGUGGUGGAGGACGAAGUGCCAUUCCUCUUGUCGAUCCAGUUCCUCAAACAGGUUGGGGCCAUUGUCAAUUUGCAAGAGAGUUCAUUAGCACUCACAGCAUUCGGAAGUGCAACCGCCUCUCUGGCGCUCGCUAUGGACCUCAUUGCUCGUCUUCGCCAACUGGAUCAAGAGAAGACCGAAGAAUGGGAGAAAGUCUCCACAGUGGAUCCCAGGCGGGCAGAGAGAGCUGUCCGCAAUUGGCGAGUGAUGGUCGAGCAUGUGUCCGACCUGAUGGAGUUCGUAAGGGCUCGAGAAAAGCUGGUCGCUUGGCAGCCUGUUGGAUUGGUGCAUGGCUUGCCGCCGUGUUCUUCAUUUACCCAGCUGGCCUCGGGAUCAGAACCUUUCUCGUGCAUGGCAGGAGCUACCCCAUCGCAAAUCACCAAGGCCAGCAUCUAUGCAGAGCUGAUUCAACUGGGCGAGUUCCUGGGUCAGAGGAGGAGCAAGGAAUCCCCGAGCUGCCACUUCAAGGCGUGCAGUCAUCCCAUCGCUGCAUUGGCGGGAGCCGGCAAUCAAGUGCAGAGAGAAGUGUGGUGCAGGAAGUGCCAUGCCAGGCACUCCGGUCAAGACACCAUCGGCCAAGAGAGCCAUCAAAUGGCCUACCACGCCGGGAUCCCCGUUGACGCCACCUCGGAAUGCAGAGAGGUCCAAGAAAUCCAGAGGAGGAUGCUUCAAGAGCAGGAGGACGCAGAGGUGAAGCGGUGGGAAGAGCAGGAGGAGGCAGAACGUCAGGAACUGGUGCGCAAGACGAUGGAAAUGGCGGAGGUCAGGCACCAGGAGGUCAUGAAUGCAGCGAGGAGCCAACACAGCUUGGAGGUGGAGACGCUCAAGAACCAGCUGCUGUGGAUGUCCGCGGUUGCGGGCGAGGCCAGGAUGGAGGAGGUCUUCAAGAGCCCAGUGCUUCAGCAAGAGAUGAUGAGCAAAGCCAUGGCCAUGAAGGAGGAGCUUGCGAACCAGGAGCUUGAGGCACAGGAGGCAAUGCAGAUCCAGGGCUACACCAGUGGCAGCGGCCCACAGGCAUUCAUGAUGCAGUUGGAAGACAGUGCAAAGGACAACUAUGAGCGGCAGGUCGCCGACGGAUUUUGGGUGCAGGAGGAGGAUGGCACCUGGAUGUUUCACUCAGGCAUUUUGCCGGAAUUCUAUGAGGGCAUGGUCGCAGUAGUGGCUUUUGAGGAGAUGUACUUCCGAGACCAAGAUCAACAACCAGAGGAAGAAAGACCACUGUCCAAGUCAUCGAGAAAGGCAGUCAACAAGAACAUGAAGCAGUUGAUUGUCUCCGAGGUGUUCUCACCACCAAGGGUGAGUCAGUUGGCUGAACAGAAAGGUCACCUGAGCGGGGGAGCCUUUAACCUCGUCACGGGCUACAACUUAUCCACCCAAGCCGAUCGUCGGCGGUGCUGGCAAAAGUUGAAGGAGGCAAACCCGGACAUUGUGGUGGUGAGCCCUCCAUGCAGCUCUUUUUCCAUACUACAGAGUUUGAAUCUUCGGCAUCAGGGGAUCAAGACAGCAUUACGACUGGCCGAGGGACGAGAACAUUUGCAGUUUGCAAUGGAGGUGUUCCGCUGGCAGACACUGCGGAAGAAGAUCGCCAUCUUUGAACACCCUGCUACAUCCAAGGCCUGGCAAGAAGCAUGUGUUCAAGAAGUGAUGAAGAUCCCUGGGGUCCGCAGGGUUCGAGCAGAUCAAUGCCAGUACGGAUUAGCCGUCCAAGGAGAAGCUCUCAACAAGAAGCCCACAGACUUUCUCACCAACGGUGAAAAUACCGCCCUUGCAUUGAGCCGUCGGUGUCCAGGAGGACACGAACACGUGCCCUUGAUCGGAGGUAUUGCCAAGUUUGCCCAGAGAUAUCCCAGAGGACUAUGUUCCGCAAUGCUCAAUGGAGGAAUCAAGGACGUGCUCCAAGAUCUACGUGUGGGCAACAGGCACGGAGGAGGAGAGCAAGGCGGCAGAAGAAGACAUUGA